AUGCGGCCGGUGCCCAGUCCGGUGUGGCCGGACUCCAGUCCGGUGAUCGAGCUGGCGUCCAGUCCGGUGAUGGAGCUGGCGUCCGGUGAUCGAGCCGGCGUCCAGUCCGGUGAUCGAGCCGGCAUCCAGUCUGGUGUCCGGUCCGGCGUCCAGUACGGUGUCCUGUCCGGCGUCCCAGCCGCCAAGAACGAACGUGUUGCCCUUGACCUUAGCCAGAAGGUAAGAGUGUUCUGCUGGGUAUUGACAAUGCCCAAACACUUGCAGUCCAGAACCAAGCAUGUUCGAGCCACAUCUGCCAAACACUGCAACAAAGUCCUGUACAUGAUCUCAGAAGAGACAGAUUUCCCCACAGUAGGGCUCAACAUCUCAGAAGGACGGAGUCAUCUCUAUUGGAAGACCAUAGGGGCCUUCCAGUACAUUCAUGCGCACCAUAUGGACAAUGCUGAUUGGUUCCUCAAAGCCAAUGAUGACACGUUUGUUGUCCUGGAGAAUUUGCGCUACAGCCUGUCAAAGCACAGUUCAGAGGAACCGUUGUAUUUUGGAUGUAGGUUCACACCUUUUGACUUUUGUAGUGGAGGGGCUGGGUACAUUCUUAGCAAAGAGGCUUUGAGGAGAUUCGUAAAGGGUUUUGCUGAUGGACUUUGCAAACACACCACAACACUGGAGGAUAUCGUAAUGGGGAAAUGUAUGGAGAAGAUGGAGUUAAAACGUGAUUCCAGGGAUGUGUUGGGGAGACAGACCUUUCACCCUUACCCUCCUGACUACUACCUUCUUAGACAACCACCCAGACCACGACCCUGGUAUCUCCUCUAUGAUCAUUAUAAACCCGUUGAGGGGCCUGGAUGCUGUUCAGAUUUAGCCAUUUCUUUUCACUACAUAAAUACAGCAAAAAUGUACAUAUUAGAGUACUACACCCAUCACUUGCGCCCAUAUGGAUAUAAAUACAAAAAUGACCCAGAUGAAUAG